AUGGCCGUCUUACCUGCGCUGCUGGCCCUGGGCCUUCUGGAGCCGCUCGCAUCGGCCGCGGCCGUGGGUCACUAUGGCCCUGACUUAACGCCCCAUGUCAGCGUGUUCCAAGGGACCAUUGCCGGCGGGAAUAACUUCCCAGGUGUGGCUCGCCCUUUCGGGGUUGUCAAACUCGGUCCCGACCUGUACGAUGGCAGGAGUGACGCGUAUUCAGGAUAUCUCAGCACUGGGAAUUUCUCCGGAUUCAGUAUGAUGCAUGAGCAAGGAACCGGGGGCGCUCCCAAGUACGGCACUGUCUCCCAGCUGCCUCUGGUUGGCAAUAUCAGCCAGCCGCUCUCGCACCUAACUGUCGGCCGGUCCGGCGCAGACAGUGGCUCUGUAGGUUACUACCGUGCCACAACGGCCCAGGGUGUCUCGGUGGAAUUGAGUGCAUCGGCACAUGCCGGCAUCUAUCGCUAUUCCUUUCCGCGAGCGUCGCCCGGAAACAACAUCCUUGUGGACGUUUCACAUGUUCUGCCCUCGUUCAGGGGGAUGGGUCUUGGACAGAACUACGAAGGGGGCAGUUUUGAGAUCUUUCCCGACGGCCACUACGAGGGUCACGGAGUCUACAAUAACGGCUGGAACGAGGCUCCGGACUGGACGAUAUAUUUCUGUGGUCAUUUUGACGCCCCUUAUACCACGGGCAAGGUGUACGUGGGAACCGAUGAGUCUGGCAGUGUCGAGCAGCCCAGCAAAUCCGCCAAUUCAUCCUCCGGAUCGACGAGAGUCGGGGGCCUGUUUACCUUCGGAAGACCGGAAGUCAUCUCUCGCGUGGGUAUCUCGUGGAUCUCGCGGGAAAAGGCCUGCAGCAACGUCCAGGAGGAAAUCCCAAGGGGCACACGCUUCAUGUCUGUGGUCGAGGAUACGAAGGCCGAGUGGAACUCCAAGGUUCUGUCCAAGAUCACCACAACGGCCGGAAACCAGACCAGCCUGUCUCUGUUGUACACCUCCCUCUAUUUCAUGCAUCUGAUUCCCACAAACCAGACCGGGGAGAACCCAGGCUGGACAUCAACGGAGCCGUAUUAUCAGGACAUUUUCACCUUCUGGGAUCUCUUCCGUUGCUCAACCGCGUUGAUGCAGGUCCUGCAGCCGACAGCAUACGAAGAACAAAUUCGCUCUUUGAUCGACAUCUGGCGCCACGAUGGUUACCUCCCCGACGCUCGCUCUUCCAAUUACAAUGGCCGUACGCAGGGGGGCUCGAACGCAGAUAACGUCCUGGCCGAUGCCUACGUCAAGGGUGUGCGCGGUGCCGUGAACUGGGAGGACGGAUAUCGUGCCAUGGUCAAGGACGCUGAAGUAGCGCCGCCGAAUGAUCCAGCAGAUCCUAUGGCUUCGGAUUCCUCUACUCACGAGGGACGCGGUGCGCUCCCCGACUGGCUCAGCCUGGGCUAUAUCACUCCCAGGUUCACCCGUGCGGUCACUCGCGCAGUGGAAUAUUCCUGCAACGACUUUGGCCUGUAUCAGGUCGCAUCAGGACUGGAGAAAGCAGAUGACGCUGACAAGUACCUCAACCGAUCCCGGAACUGGCGCAAUCACUGGAAUCCCAAUGCCACCUCCCUGGGGUUCUCUGGCUUCGUCGUCCCGCGUGAUGAAUCCGGAUUUCUCAGUACCGAUCCAGUGCAUGAUACAGGCUACUGGGGCGACCCAUACUACGAAGCCAACUCCUGGGCUUACUCAUGGAACAGCAUUCACGAUAUGAAACAUAUGAUUGACUUGAUGGGAGGACCUGAAAGGGUCAGGGAUCGGCUAGACACCAUGUUCAAGGAGGGGGCGACUGGCUCCAGCGGCAUCCUUUUCGACCCUACAAAUGAACCGAUGUUCAAUGUUCCAUACCUGUACAACUACGUCGACCGGCAGGACCUCUCCGUUUCCCGAUCCCGGCAAGUCGCAAAACAAUACUACGGCAUUGGGACCAACGGACUCCCCGGAAACAGCGAUGCUGGAGCCAUGGAAACUUGGCUGCUGUGGAACAUGAUCGGUCUGUAUCCGAUUACAGGACAGACGACAUUCCUCAUCCACUCGCCAUGGUUUGAGUCGCUCACCAUCGAUCUGGGCAAUAACAAGAAGCUGCACAUCACUUCGACGGGUGGCGAUGGGAAUGGCGACACGGACUUCUACGUACAGAGCCUGAAGGUGAAUGGACGGAAGUGGACGAAGAACUGGUUGUCGUGGAACGAUGUCUUCGAGAAUGGAGGCACCUUGGAGUUCCAGCUGGGCAGCACUGCUGUCAACUGGACGAACGGAGAGCUACCCCCCAGCCCUGCUUCUUAG